CGUCCCACACAACCUGACAGAAAGUCGAGGACGUGAAGCAAUGAGACACCUUGGAAACACCAUUCUCUUCUUUAUGUUGCAGAACCUGCCUUACUUAUUGGGUAGUGGUCAUGUCCGGGCAUGCGAGAAGAAUCAAUUCUCCUGCCAAAGCGAAAGAUGUAUCCCGCGUAUCUGGGUGUGUGACGGUGAUAACGACUGCGAAGAUGGCAGUGACGAGGUCCACUGCUGGGAAAGGAAAUGCUCUGGGUUUGUGUGUAAGGAUGGCGGAUGUGUAGCUCAGAGUGCCCUGUGUGAUGGGCGUGCUGACUGCAGGGAUGGAUCAGAUGAGCUGGAGGGUACUUGUGGUGCGAUGGCGUGCAAGCGGGACGAGUUUGUGUGCGGGAGCCGGCGCUGCGUGUCGCUGGGUUUCCGCUGCGACGGGGCGGACGACUGCGGGGACGGGAGCGACGAGGCCGACUGUCAGAACUGCACGGCCGGGUCCUUCCGCUGCGCGGGGUCGGGCCGCUGCGUGCCGGCGGCCCGCCUCUGCGACGGCACGCCGCACUGCCCCGACGGCGCCGACGAGCGGGACGAGCUCUGCGGCCGGGCCCCGCCCGCGGCCCCCUCCUGCGCCGCCUCCGAGUUCCGGUGCGGGAACGGCCAGUGCGUCCCCCACUCCUGGAGGUGUGACCACAGCCCGGACUGUGCCGACGGGAGCGACGAGAAGGAGUGCGAUCAGAACGAAUGUCUGGAGAACAAUGGUGGGUGUUCUCACUUAUGCGUGGACCAGCCCAUGGGCUUCCUGUGUGACUGCCCUGGUGGAAUGAGGCUGGUGCACGACACAGAGUGUGAGGAAAUCAACGAGUGCCUGGAUGCUGACGUGUGCAGUCAGCUGUGCGACCACGUCGACGGGACCUUCACCUGCGACUGCCACGCGGGUUACCUGAAGAGCCCGGGGACGGGGGAAUGCAGAGCCACAGGGGAGGCGGCUCUGGUGGUUUUCAGUGGCUCAGGAGGGGUGCGGAGGAUCGACACUUCCGGGUUGGAGUACAGGGAGAUCUCCGGGGGUGUCGGGGAACCUGGUCCCCUCGCGGUCCACACUGCUAACCGCACCGUCUACGUGGGAAAUUCAGAACAGGGUGCCAUCUACAGGGUGUCCCUGGACGAUCACUCUCUGCAGCCCGUCUUGGUGUUGGAGGGCCUCGGCGAGCCAGUCGGUUUGGCUGUGGAUUGGAUCCACGGCCUUCUCUACUGGACCGACGCCAAAGCCCGGUCUGUCGCCGUGGCACCGCUGGACGGGUCCGAACGGCGUGUGCUGAUUAGCAGGCUUUGUAAACCAACCAGCGUGGCUGUGGAGCCGCUGCAGGGAUUUCUCUUCUGGGCGGACAGUGGCACCUCUGCAAGAAUCGAGAGGGCUAGUAUGGAUGGACAAGGCCGAAAGCCUCUGGUCACCUCCUCUAUACACAGUCCUGUCGCCAUAUCUCUGGACAUGCCUCGUGCGCUGCUGUACUGGGUGGACUCUGCUCUCCGCACCAUCUCUCGAAUCGGGCUCGACGGGCAACAUCGUAAAACCGUGGUGGAGUCCAACGGGUAUCUGGACAGGCCUUUUGGAUUGGCAGUAUUUGAGGGACGUGUGUUUUGGAGCGACGAGGACACGCACUCGCUGUGCACAGCUGACAAGCAUAACGGCAGUUUCUUCAGGGUCCUGCUGUCCGACGUCGCUGCUGCUGGAGGGCUAGCGCUGGCUCAUCGUGCCCUGCAACCUGACGGUUAUGGGGUGUGCGGGCGAUCUGGGCGGCUGUGCCCGACUCGGUGCGUCCCCCGGCUCUUCUCGAGCUCCGCGGCCCCACACUUCUCCUGUGAACCGCCUGCGGAGAGCCCUGGCCUGGACCAUAACCCCUCAGGCCCCGAGCAGGCGCUGGUUCUUCCUGACACCACCGCUGCAGGCCUCCUCUCUCUCAUUGUGAUGCUGAGUGUGAUUCUGACUGGGCUGCUGCUGUGGUGGUGGAGAGGGGAGUGCCGAUCCUCCAGGAGCAUCGUUCUGCAGAGCGACCUAUCGCUGAAAGAGUCCCAGGACCCCCUGGUGCCCGUGCGCCGUUUCGAGACCUGCCCAGUCAAGGAUGCGUUGAUAAAGGUGGACAUAGAUUCUGACUGAGCCAGGCAACUCCGUCUUGUCCCUUUCCUUUUUGGUGGUCGGGCUGUCCGUGGUGUGGCAAAGGCAGAGAGAAGGUUGGGAGUCCUGGAUGAUAUGCUUUUCAUCCCAGCUGCUGUUUCGCCGUUUUGUGGUUAACUUGUGCUGUAUGCAGUUGAAUGAUAACAAGUCCGAGCACGGUCUUCCCUCACUGUGAUUUCUUGAAGGACCUCGGACUUAAACGCUUGAAAACUGACCGAAUGUUCGACUGACCGAUAAUGUCUAGCACUCACCUUGCAUUAGAGCUUUGUCCGUGCCUGCUUAAUCCUUAUCUCCGGUUGGCUGUAGAGCAAUUUUUCCACACUGAAGCCACAAGCUAGGUGUUAAAAGCCCCGUUGGAUUAAUAAUUUUGUGGUGCGUUUUUCAGUGACUUCCAAAGCCUGCAUCGAUGUAACAAGACACUGUAGCACAUCCUGCUAGUAUUUACUGAACACAGAUGAACAAAUAUCCUAAUGUAUGCAUCCUGCAUCCUCCUCAUGUUAAGGCUAUUUUUACAGAUAUCGCCUUGGGAACAGCAAUAGUGAAAACUAUAGAAGUAGAGCACUUGUACCAAAUUAUUGGUUCACUCAUUUGAACUGCUCUCCAUGGCUCUGGAAUGGUGUUGUGCAUACAUUUUUGGAAAAUUGUUAUGUUUGAUUCUUGUUUAUUUUAUAUCUGUGUGAACUUUCAGUAUUUAAAAUGCAGGCCUGAACUCCUUAAGUUGUAUUUAAGCAAAACCUGUUCCCGCAAGUGUUUGAGUUCGACCUUAUAUGUGUGUUGUGUAUGUGUGUAUAUAUUUAUUAGAAGGUGUAGGUGUAGAAGUGAACAGGUGGAAUGCUCUUGAAUGAAAUUAAAUUUCAAUCAAACAAUCUUUAGGUUUAGGUGAGACUUAUACUGUAUUAAACAUUCUGAAGAACGAUUAUUUUGGAAAGAGAUGUUUAAAUUAUUAUUAUUUUCUAGGUCUGUUUGUUUUGUUAAAUUUAUUUUCAAUGUUUGGAGCCCUUAAACAUUGUUAUCUUAAUUACCUGACAUGGUUGAACUAGUUUGAAACUGGCGAUAUUCAGUGCAAUAAAAAAAUCUUCUGAUCA